UGUGGCUCCUCUGUGAUAUGUUGUCAUUUUCCAAGCGGCUACCCGCCUGCCGCCUGCCCACCACAAGCCUACUUUGAUCGAGCAGUUUCUGACAUAAAAUCUAGGAUGUUAGGAUGGAGUGUGGCCCAUUUCUGCCAGACAUUCUGGUGUUGGAGAUUUUCCUGCGUCUGCCCCACGACGCCGUGCUGAGAGCGGGCCUCACCUGCCGCCAGUGGCUGGCCGUAUCCAGAGACGAGUUCUUAUGGAGGGAGCUCUUCUACUCCUACUAUCGCAUCCCCCGCACUGUACCCCAACACCCAGCGGCCGUGUCGUGGUACAGGGAGUUCAAGCGCCUCUUUGACUGUAUCCCGUGUGUCGAGGUUCAAACGCUGAAGGAGCACAGCGACCAGGUACUCCAUUUGGCCUUCUCCCAUCGGGGUCACCGCUUCUCCUCGUGCUCCAAAGACUGCACUGUCAAGCUUUGGGACACGGAGCGGCACGAUGGCAACAUCGCCUUGGUGCACAGCUCCAGCAUGCGCCAGUUCAACUGGGGCUACACGCAGUUCUCGCAGUUCAACGCCGACGACAGCCUGCUGCUGGUGUCCGGCGUCUACCUGGGCCCGCACCACUCCUCCUCGGGGGAGAUCGCCGUCCUCAGUCUUGAGAACUACACUCUGCUGUCGCGGGUGAAAAACAAGCCGUACGACGUGUUUGGCUGCUGGCUCAAUGAGACCCACCUGAUCUCAGGCAACCUGCACUGGAUCGGAAACAUGACCUCCUGCUCCGUGCUCUGGCUCAAUAAAGCCUUUCAGGAUAUCGAGUCUGAGAACAUCAACGUAGUGAAGCGCCUUUUCAAGAUCCAGAACAUCAACGCCAGCACCAUCCGCACCGUCAUGGUGGCCCACUGCCGGCGCCACGACAACCCCGACCUUCUGGUGGACUACGAUGCUCAGUGCCAGGCCCGCAGGCAGAAAGGUCAGCAGCGUCAGCCGCAUCAGCCGCUGCUCUUCGACUUGGGGACGUCCAGCAGCGAAGAGGAAGACGAGGAGGACGCGGUGAGCCCGAGAGACGGCAGAUGUCACGGCACGGCCGCUCAAGCCGCCGUCUCCAGCCUGGAGCACUUGAAGGAGAGUUGUAAGAACCUGGACCCCAGCCAGGUGGCCCUCGAGAGACAGGUGGCUCAGAUGAUGGGCCGGGUCCACACCAAAGCCCCGGACUCCAGCCUAAUGGAGACCUCGGAGUCCGGCGACGGCGAAGACAAGACUUACUUAUUGUUUACCACCGGCAGCCUUACGUACUCUCCUCACCAGAUAGGCAUUAAGAGGAUCAAGCCGGACCAGAUGACCACCUGCGGACCCGUGCUGGGAGAAGAACGUAGCUCCUACGAGUUCUUUGAUUCACUGGACCACGUCAUCGAUAUCCACGGGCACAUCAUCGGGAUGGGUCUCUCUCCGGACAACCGGUAUCUGUACGUGAACAGCCGGGCGUGGCCCGCGGGCUGCAUUAUCUCGGACCCCAUGUGCCCGCCCCCCAUCGCCGAGGAGAUCGACCUUCACGUAAUCGACUUAAAGAGUCUGAGGGAGGAGCGGCGUAGCCUUCGCGCCCACCGAGCUUUCACGCCCAAUGACGAGUGCUUCUUCAUCUUUCUGGACGUCAGCAGAGACUUUGUCGCCAGCGGCGCCGAGGACAAGCACGGCUACAUCUGGGACCGCCACUACAACAUCUGUCUAGCGCGGCUGGCCCACGACGACGUGGUCAACUCGGUGGCCUUCAGCCCCGCCGACCAGGAGCUGCUGUUGUCCGCCAGUGACGACGCCACCAUCAAGGUGUGGCGCUCCCCCCGAGCUGUGCGCCUGGCACGGGACGCCGCCCGUCGGCCCGCCCGCCGGACGCUCCGCAGCACCGGCCUACUGGCCUCCUGGCUCAACCGCGGUAGGGGCGUCAAUGGCAAGCCUUGAGGGACGCUGUCUGGUCACCAGGGGGCGCCGUUUCUUAAGCGCCACACUUGGACCGCUGACAGCUGUGCUGUGAACAACUGUCACAAAAUAUUUUUAACAGGGAAAAAAAAGGACAUUUCUUUUAGCUUUUUUUUUUUUUUACUUUUCCAUGCAGAACUCCAGGCAUGACAUGGAAAAAAAAAUCAACUGUGGCCACAGUAAAGAUAAAAUGUGUCUCCAAAAUGAUAAUUAGUUGCCUGAACUGGACCUAGCAGACAAAAAAAAGAAAAAAAGAAAAAAAGAAAUAGGCAUGGCUAUGAGAAAACUAAUCAGUGGGCCUAUGGCAAGGAGAAAAAUGUUGCUGAACCUGCAAAUAACAUGAAACCUCAGAGGAAUCCUUUUGGAGGCUCUCUAAAAACACACCGUAUAUCAUGAACAAAUCUUUUCUUUUUUUGUAAUUGAGCAUGUCCCCUCGGAGGUUGUUACAAGAUGGAUCCUGGAUGUUAUGUUUUUAUCAACACGUGCUUCAAUAUUGAAUACAGCAGGCUAAUACGUAUUUUAUAUUAAAUAUAAAAAGUGCACGGUGACAACAGAAACACUCGCAGGACAUACCAUUAGGCACACCUGUACCUUUUUUGUACCCCUCUUGUGUAGCCAAAAUAUUAGUAACGCAGUCAAGACAUUGUUCAAGUAUGACGGUGCCAUCAAACACUGCUGCUGAGGUUGUGCAGGUGUACCUAAUAAUGUGUCCUGUGGACGGAUAUCAGUCGCGCAACCCCUUAAUUUGUCUUUUUUUUCCUUUUAAUUUAAAAGUUUCCAUCCCUUAAUUGGAUGUGUGAAAUUGUUUCCCCUUUAAUAAUCCCUCUAGGACUACAAAUAUUUUUUUUCCCCCACACAUGACAUAUCCAAAAUAAAUAUCGUAUGUGUUCCAACUGCA